GCGCCCUUAGCAGUGGUCGUGUAUAGAACCGGUAAGCUGUGAUUAUUUGGUAGUUUUUCAAAAACGAGAAAGUGCCAAGUUAGUGUUUGACAGCUUCUUAAAGCUCUCGGGCAAACGGUUGUCAACGGACGUAUAGGAGGACAGAAGUCAACGAAGGUUUUUUUCGUGUCUGAUGAGCUCCUCCGUCGCACCGCUGGUGGUAAGAUGGCUGUGCAGCUGGAUGGAGGAGGGAAGGAGGACUUGAAAACACAGUUUGUCACGCGGGAAGGGACAUACAAGCUAAUGACUUUGUCGGAGUAUUCGAGGCCAAACAGGGUUGGCUAUACGAACAGUCAAGGAAGUGCAUCCGUUAGGGUGUCUUUCGUAACAUUACCGGACCCAGCAGAUCCUACGGGUACGCAAGGUCUCGGCGACCGAAUGUGUUUCAAUUUUGGAAAGGAGCUCUAUGUUUAUGUGUAUCGAGGUGUUAAAAAGGCUGUGGAUUUAAAUAAACCAUUGGAUAAAAAAUUAUAUAAAGGAACUAAUCCAACUUGCCACAAUUUUAAUCAAACAACAGCCACUGCAGACAGUGCACCAUUAUUAGUGGGUUUCUCAACAGGACAAAUUCAGUUGAUAGAUCCAAUUAAAAAAGAACUCAGCAAAUUAUAUAAUGAAGAUAGAUUGAUAGAUAAAAGCAAAGUGACAUGUAUAAAAUGGGUUCCUGGGUCAAACAACCUCUUCUUGGUAUCGCAUAGCUCUGGUCAACUAUAUUUAUAUAAUGAAGAACUCUUGUGUGGUACAACAGCUCCCCAUUACCAGUCUUUUAAAUCAGGAGAGGGUUAUGCCAUAUAUACUUGCAAGACAAAAUCUACAAGAAACCCUUUAUAUCGAUGGGUAAUAGGCGCAGAAGGAUGUUGUAUAAAUGAAUUUGCCUUCAGCCCAUGUGGCUCAAAUUUAGCUGUAGUUUCCCAAGAUGGGUUUCUACGAGUAUUUCAAUAUAACACAAUGGAGCUAGUGGGUUCAGCUAGAAGUUACUUUGGUGGAUUUUUGUGUGUAUGUUGGUCACCAGAUGGAAGAUACAUUGUUGUGGGAGGUGAAGAUGAUUUGGUGACAAUUUGGAGCUUUCAUGAAAAAAGAGUGGUAGCUCGAGGUCAGGGUCAUCACAGUUGGGUGAGCGUAGUAGCCUUUGACCCCUACACUACAUCGUAUGGAGAUCAUGAUCCUGACUUCAGUGGCUCAGACGAUGAAACAUUACCCCACAGUAAUCAUAACCACUUUCAUGAGAAGUCUAAUCGUCUGUCCACGACUUCGCAAGGAGUUCAUUCGAAUAGAAACUCUUGUGGUUCAGAAUUAAGAGUGUCGGGUGGUACUUGCUACAGGCUAGGUAGUGUGUCGCAAGAUACUCAACUGUGCUUGUGGGAUAUCACAGAAGAUGUGUUGAGGCAACCAAUGUGUGCGAAGCAGAGGCCAUCCGCAGCAGGUUCUGGUACUCUUUCCACAUCAGGAACAGUCAACAGUGGGAAUGGCUCAACGACGAAUCAUCACUUGAACAAUUCUAAACACAAUAAUUUGAAUAAUGUUAAUUACAAGGGAAACGCGAGUGGUAAUAAUGAAAGUAGUAACAAUAGUACGAGUACAAAUACAGCAGUGUCAACUGUAAAUUCGUUGACUCAAAGGUUAGCAGGCCUUGGUUUUGGUGAGCGUAAAGGUGAUAAUCAUAAAAGGAACUUUAGCCUCACUAUGAGAGGUGGUGGUGCAUCUAAUAGCACAAUAAUGCAGAACAGUGGUGGUGAUAAAGCUACCACUAACUCGAAUACAAGUAGUAAUAUGAACAGUGUCAGUGGAAGUUUAGUAGGUGCAAAUAAAAAGGCUAGUUCCGUAAUGGACGAUCCUAUGAGGUUGAUAGGAACUGCCUGGUGCCCUAGGUUUGAUGAGUGCCCAGUGUUAGAACCGCUGGUGUGCAAGAAGUUGGCGCAUGAGAGAUUGACUGAAUUAGUGUUUAGGGAAGAUUGCUUCGUAACAGCGUGUCAAGAUGGAUAUGUCUACACAUGGGCAAGGCCUGGUCAUAUGGUAGGUCCCCUCACCAUCAGCAGCACUCUGCACAGGCCACACCAUCAUAGCAAUCCUUAUACCAAUAUUAAUUCCUUGCGAUCUAACGAUCUAUGAUGUAACCCAUCUUCAGCUGUUAUUGCAAUUUUAUGAAGUAGGGUUUUUUUUUAGAGAUGAAUUCCAAUUUGUAUAUAAAUAGAGAUAGAAUUUAAAAUCAUUAUCAUUAUUGAAUGAAAGAAAUAGACGAUAUGAUAAUGCUUUGGACGAUUAUCCUAUUAUCAUUGUUGAAUUGUAAUAGGUGGCAAAUGCUCUUUUAGAUAUAAAACUUUAUGAAAAUGCGAAGGACACGAAGGGGUAGUUUUGUUUUUCGACUUUGGUAUUGUAAUAAAUACUGUUCUUGUGGCAUCGCAUGUGUUAUAUACACAUACUGCUUUUGAAAGAUUUUUAUUUGAGAAUAAAUGUAUUUUUCUCAUAUUUACAAAUUAAAUCCUAGUUUACAUUUUAUCCAAAGCAGUAUAUAUAUGAAUGGUGCCAUUGGAAAGCAUUAAAGAUCUUCUGGCAUUAUUCUUUAGUCUGUAUUGUAUAUCAAUUACAGAAAUGUACGGAUGGAUGAUACUAUGAAUGGACAAAUUUUUUUAAUUA